CCAUACCUGUCGAUAUGACGUAGAAGACCGUUAGUCGCUAAAUAUUACACAUUGUAAUAUGAAGUUCGAACACGUCUCGCAAGCCCACGUGUUGCAUGAUUUAAGGACUUAAGAAUGGCAUUACCAUUUGUAGCAUCCCCGGUUGUGACGGCCCCUAAUCUUAGGGGACUACCAGAUAUUUAUUGCUACAGCCGUUUAAGUCCGGGUUAUGUAACCGGAAACUUCAGCUCCUGCUCCGGCGGGAUCGAAGAGCAGUCCUACGGAAUUCGGCACUCUCUAUGCCGUCUAGUUUCGAAAUAGUAACGUUUGGGGUGGUGUAGAUGUCUGGGGUGGUCGUCGUAUGCUAUUAGCAAGUACUAGAGGUGAUAUCUCGAUUGGUGUUGAUGGUGUAUAUAAAUCGACCACCCCCUAGGUUCAACUCGAGUAACACAUUCUCCACAGGUCUAAAGCAUACCUAGCAAACAAUACAACUUGUUUAGAGCAUUCAACUUACCCCGCUACUGUUUAAUCAGAGCUCUACUUCUAUACUCACUCUUGACUACUAAAUCUUAAACAUGUCUACCAACCACAGCUUCUGGCAAGACAAAGUCGGCGUCAAAGGCGCUAUUCGCGAUUGUCCUAUUCCUACCGAACUCGCAGAUGAUGAAAUUCUCAUCAAAGUACGUGCCUGGGGCAUGAACCCCGUCGACGCUUUUAUCCAAGAAGUCGCUCUGCCCUUCUUCUCAUACCCUAUGAUCCCAGGCGAAGACAUCGCCGGCACCGUCGAGCGGGUAGGAUCAGGCACCGCCUCCCAGAAAUUCAAAGUUGGCGAUCGUGUGCUAGGCUACGCUAUGGGGUCUUCAUCCUUUGGCAAACAGGAGCGUGGCGGAUUCCAGGAGUACGUCGUCGUCGACCAGAAUCUCGCGGCUAAGAUCCCGGAUUCGGUGUCCUUUGGCGAGGCCUCGGUGUUCCCGCUUUGUAUGGCGACGGCGGGGCAUGCGCUGUUCUCUAAGGAGUAUCUUGGUUUGCCGUUUCCUAAGGUUGGCGGUGCGCCGGAGGCGGGGAAGAGAGUGCUUAUUUGGGGUGGUGCUUCGGGGGUUGGGAGUAAUGCUAUUCAGAUGGCGAAGGCGGCUGGUUUUGAGGUGCUGACGACGUGUUCGGCGCGGAACUUUGAGUAUGUGAAGAGUCUUGGUGCGGAUAAAGUAUUCGAUUAUACUAGUGCUACGGUCGUCGACGAUCUUGUUGCGGAACUAGAUCAGGGUAGUGAGUGUGUUGGGAUAUUUCAGGCCGCAGGCCCGCGUGAUGCUGUCGCGCCGUGCAUUGAAGUAGCCGCGAAGUCGAAGGGGAAGCCCUUCGUCGCGUGCGCAAAUAUGGUGCCCGAAGGCGCGGUGCCGGAGGGUGUGACGGCGAAGUUUGUGUUUGAACGUGGUGACGGGAAGGGCAUUUACUACGAGACGAGUCGUGUGUUGCUGGGCGAAUUCUUACCAACUGCGUUAGAGGCGGGAACCUAUAAAAUUGCACCGAAACCUGAGGCUGUGCCGACGAAGGGUUUAGAGGGCAUUCAGGAAGCGCUUGAUACAGUGAAGAAGGGAGUCUCGGCGAAGAAGAUUGUUGUAGAAGGUUAGGCUGUAGCGUGCUGAGAAUAUCUAAGGGAUAGGCCUAAGGCGAAAAGCAUUAGGCUCUUAGAUAGGGCCGCUGUGCGUCGGAGCUGGGACUUGAGAUAACUACCUAGGUACCUAUGUACUUACUAAGAAGUAAUAUACAGACUCGCUACUCCUAAAUCAAAUGCAGCUCUUUCUUCGACUCUUCGUUUUACAAAGCCCCAUCAAGUGUGCCAGAUGCAAAUUCCUAUUUGUACUAUCAAGACCUGAAAGUGAAUCGCCCGGUACGAUUUAAAACCAGUUCAAUUAGGCUAACAAUUUGAAUAUUUAUAUCAGGUACGCUGAACUUUUGCCAGCGAUAAUAGGUAGAUAGUGGACUUUAACGCCCUACGGGUACGUGCUUCGUGGCUGAGAAUUAGGGGCUUUCAGGGGGGCAUUAGUUGAGAGGGUAUCAACUAAAAAAGC